AUGGCAUCUGAGUUUAAAAUUCAUGACAUGGGUACACCUUCUGUUUUUUCUCUUGGCAUUGAGACUAUUCCAGAUCAUAGUGGUUUGCUUCUCUCUCAACAACGGUAUAUGAAAGAUAUUCUCAAGCGUGCGAGCAUGGUUGAUUGUAAAGCUCUCACUAUACCUGUGUCUCUGUCUCGUGCUGAUGAUAGUCUUGAAGUUCUUCAUGCUGAUCCCACACAGUACUGUAGUCUGGCUGGAGCUCUACAUAAAGCAUCUUUUGUUGAUAUACAUGCAUUCUCGAAUUCAGAUUGGGUUAGCAAUCCGGAUGAUCGGAAGUCUACCAACGACUUUGCGGUUUUCUUGGGUAAUAACUUGGUUUCUUGGACUUGUCGAAAGCAACGUGCUAUGGCUCAUUCUUCUACGAAGCUGAGUACAAGGCAUUGGCUGAUGUGUCUACAAAGGUAA